UUGUGUUUACUUUGUCAUCCUCCGCGGUUGUCAACGAUCGCGCGAACAUUCUUGUGAGGUGAAAAAACGCAACAUGCGAGAAUCAGCACCAGUUUAGAUGUUAAGUUUACUUAAUUUAUCUUUAAUAAGUGCAACUUUAAAAGAAACCCCGAACCGAUGGAACGCUACAGCAACUACAUAUCAACGCAAACGGAAUACAGCGAGGACAUCAUCUACAUCCUGCAGGAUUCGGAACUGUGCCGGCUGACCAUGCGGUACACUUCGCCCCAGCUGCGGUACCGCGAGGUCAUGGUCAACUUUAUCCGCAGUGUCGGCGAGUACGAGCAACUGCGGCGCACGACGAUCCAUUUGGCCGUGUACAUGCUGGAUGCCUUCAUGGACAACCACAACAUCUCCGACAACCGGCUCAAUCUGGUCGCCCUGACGUGCGUUCUGCUGGCGGCCAAGAUUGAAGAAAACGAACCGAGCGUCCCAUCGCUAUCCAAGCUGAACGAGCUGGUCCAAAAUCAAUAUCCGAUCGCGGAUUUCACCGUACUCGAGGUGCUCCUGCUGAAGUUCUUCAACUGGAACCUCAUCAUCCCUACGACGGCCACCUUCGUCGAGUUUUGGCUUCUGUACAUUGUCGAUUCGGCGGACUUUGGCGGUCCGUUGAGUGAGUUCCAGUUUCACCAACGGCGCACCCGCGCCAUCGAGCUGGCCCUCGAGUUUCUGGACAUUACGCUGACCGACAUCAAGAUGACGAACGUGCGGCCCUCGCUGCUUUCCGCGGCGUGUGUGGCCUGCGCGAGGUCGUGCGUCCCGGUGCUGUCUGUGUGGAACGAAACGAUGCACGAAAUGACCGGAUUUCCGUGGGAAGAAGUCGAAAAUUUGACGCGGGAACUGAUGGACUGGCGGGCGAUGCUCAUCACCAAGGAAACUGCCAGCCGGAAGCGACGUCCGCUGGAUUCCGGGUUUAUGUCCGAUUUCGAUGAGAGCUUCGAGGAGGACGAGGACGGAAGCGACGGUGUGCUGUCUAUCGAUUGUGACUCGGACGAUUCGGACGACGAUGGCGAAAUGGCGAGUUACACGAAGGUGAAGCGAACGAAGUAUUGAAGGAUGUGAGACCGUUGCAAUCUGUUAGUGCUGUUUAACUGUGUUAAACUAGCUUUUUAACAGUCUGUAACCCAAUAUGCUGCUAAUACAUGUGUUGACACAACGGCCCGAUUCGAUCGAAUCAUUGUUUAAGUAUCAAUAAACAUCAGCUUCUAAGUUUA